GCUUCUGCAAAGGCCAAGCCUGGCAGGAGCCUGGCCAGCUGGGAGUGGGACCCUGAUGGCAAACUUAUGACACGCGUGUCAGCGCCGACCCGCAGCCCCGUGCAGAGAAGUGUGCUAGUUAAACUACAGGCGGCGCCCAAUGAUGGUUUUUCCUCAGUGACACCCCCAGCCCCACCCCCUCGUCAUGCUCAGGUUUGGGCCCAGCCGAGCUCAGAAGGUCGCCCAUCACUGGAGGGGGACGAAGUCUGGAUCCACCCCCGAGAAACUUGGCCUCGAACCCUGCGUCCAGCCCGGCUGCCGGUGUGUGAAACUGGGGCCAGCCGAACCCUGGGCUCGGGCCACGGCUGGUUUGCAGCCGCCAGGCCCGCUUGUUGGACGGUGAAGGCCUCGUGGUCGAGUUCGGGGGUAUCAGCUCACUCAUUCCUCCACUGCUUCACAAUGGGCAGUGCUGCCUUCAACCUGCAAGUGGCCACGCCAGGGGGGAAGGCCAUCGACUUUGUAGGCAUGAAUGAGAGCAACACUCGUUGGAUCCAAGACUUCCGCGUCAAGGCCUAUGCCAGCCCUGCCAAGUUGGAGUCCAUCGAUGGUGCCAGGUACCAUGCCCUGCUCAUCCCCAGUUGCCCCGGGGCACUGACUGACCUCGCCAACAGUGGCUACUUGGCCCGGAUCUUGGAGCACUUCAGCGCUGAGCAAAAGCCCAUCUGUGCCGUGGGACACGGUGUGGCUGCCCUCUGCUGUGCCACGAAGGAAGACAAGUCUUGGGUGUUCCGGGAUUAUAGCCUGACUGGGCCCUCCGUGUGCGAGCUUGUCCGGGAGCCUGGCUUUGGUGGCCUGCCGGUCAUCGUGGAAGACUUCGUGAAGGAUGCUGGGGCCUGCUUCAGCGCCAGCCAGCCGGAUGCCACGCACGUGGUCCUUGAUCGGCACCUGGUCACGGGCCAGAACGACGCCUCCACGGUCUUGGCGGUGCAGAAUCUGGUGUUCCUCUGUGGUGGCAGGAAGUGAGAGGAGACCUUGGCUGCAGGCUCCGGACGCCCGUGGGACCCACGAUGGCUCCUGCGUCCUUCGGACCUGCCUGGGCAGAAAGAAGUAGCUUCGGCUGAGCUCCUGAUGGGGGAGGGGGAGCAUCCAGAGACACUGAAAAUAGCGCCCCCCCCCCCCCCAGCGAGGCUUCCCUUUUUCCCGGCGUGGCUCCUUCCCCUUUGGGAGCAGAGCCCCCAAACCCCUUUCCCUGCGUGGACCCCUUGGGCGGGGGAGGGGGGGGUGCCACGUGCUCUGUGCCCUGCUGGGAGUCUCUCCUGUCCCUGGCUGCUUGCUGCUUCUCAGAAUAACUGGGCGAGGCCCCUCGCUGACCGGGUGCUGAGGACCCCGGGAUCCCGAGCCCAGCCCAGUUUGGGGAGCUCUGAGAGAGGGCUGAGGGCACAGGGCGAGUCUGGGCAAAUGCAUCCUCCUUGGGGUGCCCUCAGGAACAGGGCUGGCACCCAUGCCAGGGCGCUGAGGCCCAGCAAAGACCUACGCAGGGGACCCAGAUCUCGAGCAGGACCCAGCAGUCUGCUUCCUGCUUCUGAGGAAAGGGCCUGAAAUGCCCUCUUGGGGCCGGGGGAACUGUUCCUGCCAACAGGGGCCCGCGUGGGCCUGGCAGAGCCCUGCCUGGCCUUCUGGGACGGCGCUGGAGGCAGGUUGGGUUUUGGGCCUCCCUCCGGCUUGGCCUGGGCUCUGGCCUCGGACAGUGGGGAGGAGGGGGCCGGGCCGGAAGGGCUGCUGGGCUCCUUCCUGGUCACUGACCAUCUGGGGGAACGGCCGAGGCCCAGGGGGCCCCUAGGAGGAGGAGGGCCAGUGUGCAGGGCAUCCCCACAGCCGCUACCUCGACAUCCCCAGCACCGGCAGGCAUCUCAGAACUGGGCGGUCCAAAGCACCGAACUCCUUCAUGCAGGGGUCCCCGCCUAUCUCGGCUCCCAGGGAAGGCCAGAGAAGACCCUGAAGGAGUGGGUGCCCCCCAGCCUCACGGCACCCCCCAUGAAGGCCCAGCUCCUGAAGAUCGGACAGCCGGGCGGUCACUCUCCUGCCCGGACGGCUGCCCAGGAACCUGGAGAACUCGCUCUGGGUCAAGUCGCCCACUGGGGUGCCCACACCCAAUGAGUCUGCCCAGGAAGCUCCUGCGGGUCGGAUGCCCCCCUGGACCUCUUGUCGGCUGGAGGGGCACCCCCAGGCCCUGCCACACUGACCUCCCUCCCCUGCUCUGUUGGCUUCCUCCUCCAGGAAGCCUUCUCCACUGCUCCUUCCCUUCCCAAGCUGGGAGUGCCUCAAGGACCAGGUUGGGCCAGGAGGUGCCAAUACAAAUUCAUUCUAGCCUG